CCAACUCACAUUCUACCAAGUACCAAGCCGAGCUCCGUCUACCAGGUCACCCAACCCCGCCGCCGCCGCCUCUAAGCUCCCCUCCCACUCCCGGGUCCGGCAACGACGCUCAAGAGCUGCCUGCCUGUUGCCGCUUCCUGUACUGCCGGCCGUCCUCGCCGAGAGCCGCUAACUUUCGAGCCACCACGAGCCGGCUAAGAACAAGAUGGUGAGGGGGAUGCCCAAAUCAAGACCUAUCAAAGCGGCGACCGAGGUGGUCUUCGACCCGUCCGUCUCUGGCCCCCGGAAGCCGCGCCGUACCGAGGCGCCCUCGUCGAGCAGCGAGUAUCACCACUUCAUGGGGUCGAGUCUUUCAAAUAUGUACCACAAGCCAGCUCCGGAGAAAUCUACCGACAUGUCUGAUGAUGAGCCUGACAUUGAUAUUGAGAAGUUGCUGAAAGAUGUCGAACUUUUCGGUGCAACUACAUGGAAGGACAAGAAUAAAAUACAGAACCGCAAAGUAGUUGAACUAGGUGGAAAGGCCAUUAAGAAGCAGCGUACACCGUUAUCUGUGGCAAUACCAGCUAUGAAAAACCAGCAGAAAAGAGAACAAAAGAAGAUUGAAGAGGAAAGACUGCUCGGGAUUUUUAGGAAACAAGACAAGAAGAAAUUUGAGAAGAUUAGACCAGAGGAUCGAGUACUCAGGGCAACUGAAGGGCGCUUCAAGAACGGUAUACUCGAUGUGAAGCACCUCAUGGGAGCACCAAAACCAUCCUCGUCGUCAUCGUUCAGAGAUGCACCGGAGCGGGAGAUGAGAAAGGGUAAGAAAGGGAAAGGAAAGGGGAAGGGGAAGGGGAAGGGAGGCCGAAGGAACAGACGUUGAUGGAACACAUUCAUAGUGUGCUUCGUACCAAGAUGCAUGCAGGAAGAAGAGGCAUGGAGACGACACCUUGAACCAUUUUUUUGCAUCCAGAUAUCUUUGGUUAUACUCUAUAGGCCGUUUUUUGGCACUAGUGUAGUGUCAAAAAACACCCUAUAUUAUGCUAUGGGACGGAGGGAGUACUUUCUAUCUUAAGUAAUCUUUCAGACGAA